UGUUGACAGGAAGUGUGUGGAGCAGAAGCAGUACAGCCUUUCAGAUAACAGUUGAUCCUGAAAAAUAAGUCUUCUCCGGCUGUGUGUGGACUCAAAGUAUGCGUUUUAAGACCGAGGCAAGGCAAAGAUGCAAUGGCGGUCACUAGUAGUCGGUCUGGUGGUGCUGCGGCUAUCUGUUAGCUGUGUGCUGUGGCUCGCCGUCGGGCUGGAGCAGAGCGUUAGCUUGGACGUCAUCCGCCCGAAAGCAGAGCGCCUGUCCGGGGAUGAGGGGACCACCGGCAACACAUGUGCGAGGGUCAAAGGAGAGCCCCCCAAAAGAUCCUACCUGAGCUUCUUUGACGGCCACAAGGACGACUACGUCCGGAGAUACAGCUCCUUCUCGGACGCGCUUAAAGAAGCAAUGAAAGAAAAGGCCAAAGGCAUGUUCUACUUCGGUUAUGAUAAUUACAUGAAAUAUGCUUUCCCCAAGGACGAGCUCAACCCAAUUGACUGUGAAGGGAGGGGUCCGGACGUGCAGAACCCAUCAAACGUGAACAUAAAUGACGUCCUGGGGAACUACUCUUUAACGCUCAUCGACUCCUUAGACACCCUGCUGGUGCUUGGCAACGUGACAGAGUUCCAGAGUGCUGUCAAAUUGGUGAUUGACACUGUGUCCUUUGACAAGGACUCCACUGUGCAGGUUUUUGAGGCAAACAUCAGGAUCUUAGGAAGCCUUAUCUCAGCUCACAUUCUGCUCACGGACACCAAACAUCCUUUCGGGAGGGUGGGCUUGGAGGGCUACGACAACCAGCUGCUUCACUUGGCUCACGACCUGGCCGUGCGUCUGCUGCCGGCCUUUGAGAACACCAGCACAGGCAUCCCUUACCCCAGGGUGAACCUAAAGACCGGAGUCCCGUCCGGGAGCAUCAACGAGACGUGCACCGCAGGAGCGGGGUCUCUGCUUGUGGAGUUUGGGAUCCUGAGCCGCUUGACUGGAGAUUUCACUUUCGAGUUGGUCGCUCGGCGAGCUGUCAGAUCGCUUUGGAAGCUGAGGAGCAAUCAGACGGGACUGCUGGGCAACAUCGUCAACAUCCAAACCGGCCAGUGGGUGGGCCAGCAGAGCGGCCUCGGCGCCGGCAUGGACUCCUUCUACGAGUAUCUCCUCAAGUCGUACAUCCUUUUCGGAGAGAAGGACGACUACGUGAUGUUCCAGGCUGCUUACGCCAGCAUACAGAACCACCUGAGAAGAGGGCGGGAGUCGUGCAACGAAGGAGAAGGCGACCCGCCCAUGUACGUCAACGUGAACAUGAUGAGCGGCGAGAUCAUGAACACUUGGAUAGAUUCCCUGCAGGCUUUCUUUCCUGGGCUGCAGGUUUUAAACGGCGACGUAGAGAAUGCCAUUUGCCUUCACGCCUUCUACUACGCCAUCUGGAAGCGCUUCGGAGCUUUACCAGAGAGGUACAACUGGCAGCGGAAGGCGCCGGAUGUCCUUUUUUACCCGCUGAGACCUGAGCUGGCCGAGUCCACCUAUCUGCUCUACCAGGCAACCAAGAAUCCUUUCUACUUGCACGUUGGUAUGGAUAUUAUCCAGAGCCUUGAAAAAAACACCAAAGUCAGAUGCGGGUACGCCACCCUCCAUCACGUCGUGCACAAAUCCAAAGAGGAUCGCAUGGAGAGUUUCUUCCUCAGCGAGACCUGCAAGUACCUUUUCCUGCUCUUUGACGAGAACAACCCGCUUCACAAAUCGGGCAACAAGUACAUCUUCACCACGGAGGGGCACCUUAUACCCGUCGACAAGCGCUUCCGGGAGAAACGAUGGGAGGACAGGGGUCCGUACCAAGACAAAAAAGCGCCCGUGGAGACGCCGAUCAGCGAGGGGCAGCCCGCCCGGAACACCAGCAAUUGCAUCAGGAUCCCAGAGGCGCGGCGCUACACUCUGCCCCUGAAGAGCAUCUACAUGAGGCAGAUUGAUCACAUGGUCGGGCUGCUCUGAUAGCGUGCUGACGUUAUGCACGCACGCACGCACGCACGCACUGUGAGUGCAUUCACUGAGGAUCCAGACUGACUUACGACACAUGGACCAUCUAUUUCACUGGGUGACAUUGUUAUGUCGCUGUGUUUGGAAGUGUGUAAGUGUGUGUGUGUGUGUGUGUGUGUGUGUGUGUGUGUGUGUGUGUGUGUGUGUGUGUGUGAGUAAAUGAGGACACCCGUGUUGUCCCGUAUGUGGCGUUUAGUGCCUUGUGCUUUUAUGGCACGGGUGUUAUGGGAAGGACACCAGUGCACCGUGUGUAAGUUGGAAAGCGUGUUUCGGCACGUCCACCAGCAAACGCACAGCUCGUCACAAGAGAAAGAGAGCGGUCACUCUCGCUCUUUUAAAGUGCCUUUUUUAGCAUCACGUCAGUAGGUCUUACGCUUUAUUGCUCGAGUCCGUCCUUGUGUAUGCACACUUGUUUACAACUGAUUCAAGCCACCCAUGUUGUUUUUUUAAUUUCUUCCGGAUGUUUUUUCCCCCCGAUGAAUGAAUGGACUGAUGUUGUGUUUUACUUGACGCAAUUGCACAUUGCAUCUUCACACCUGCUAAUCAUCUCAGGGUUUAAAGCAAAAACAAAUGAAAGAGCAGACAAGAACUAAUGUGUUUAGAAUAGUGAUUGCCUGCAAUGCCAGAAGGUCUUUUUUUAAUUGCAAAGCUUGUGUGUUUAUUUGAUGAUUAAACGUCUCUGCGCACUCUUGACCAUUCUUGCUCCCCACCACCUUCUCUGUGUGAGCAAUGGUCUCACCUUGGCCACCCCAAUGAAAGUUUCGGACUCCGCCACUGCUUGCAUGGGAAAUGCUGCUCUAGCCGCUGGUUGUUUCCACUAGGGACCAUCAGUAAAUUACUAUUGCGGUGAAGAGAGUUUGUAGAAAAAAAAUAAAAUCGCAUAUAUUCAAAAUCACACCACAAAUUGAUCUGUGCUCAUGUCAAAUGAUUAGUCCUACCCUCAAGCUAUUUUGCACGCUCAUUUUAUUCCAAUUUUCUCUUUUAUUGAUUAGGUACCUGGCUCACAGAGGUUUGUUACAAAAGCCAACCAAUAUUGUUGGUCAUCCUGUGGAACAAAAAAAGUAAAUUCAGCCUUUUUUGUAAUGCGUUGAAGAGCUAUUUUCAUAACCACAUUUUUUUUAAAAAGUGAUCGGUACCGGACCGGAUCGGCAAGACUAUAAAAAAUCAUAUCAGAUAUCAUCGGGACAUCCAUAGUUUAAAUGUCAAAUGAUGUGUGCAUUUUAUAAUAACAAUAACAAAUUAAAUUUUACAUAGCGCUUUUCAGAAAAAAAACGCAAUUAAAUUACAUUGAAUGCAGUUCUAUUUAUAAUAAAGAGUAAGUCAAGUGUAAAAAAAUAAAUAAAAAGUGUUACUUACAUUUGUAUCCCACCUCCAAAAGCAAAAGCAAAACAAUAAUGUGAUUUUUUUUUUUUUCAUUGGGCCCAGAAUUCCUGGCGACAGCUCUAGUAUCUAUCACGCUGAAAGCUACAGCGCCUCCUAGCCCAAAAUUAUUGAAUUGUAUUUUAUUAAAAAUUGUUAAAAAUAAUUGCAUUUAAUUCAAUGUCUUUAAUUUUACUUUUAAUUUAUGUCUCAGUUAAGUGAAACAAAUAAAUACAAAUAAAAAGUGUUACUUAAACUUGUAUCCUACCCCCAAAUGUAAAAGUAAAAAUUAUGAUUUCAUUUUU